AUGAUUUCCGACGCCGACAAAGGUAUCAGGGCAGCAGUCGAGGAAUUCUUUCCAGAUGCAUUCCAUUCAAGGUGUGUUCUGCAUCUAGUCGAGAAUUUCAAAAAGAAGAUGAAGGAUUUUGGGCACAAGGCAAAUGUCAUGACUAUGUUGGGCAAGCUGUUACAAUCUGCGGCUUAUAAGUUCACAAUAUCUGAAUGGGAUAAUGACAUAAAAGAAUUGGCAGCGAUCGAUCACAGUGCUUUCAUCACUGUAAUAGAAUACUUCCCGGAGAGAUGGGCAAACGCGCAUUUUCCUGGUAUAAGGUAUGGCCAUGUUACUUCAAACGUUGCUGAGUCCUUCAACAACUGGAUAAGAAAUGCACGAUUGUUGCGAAUCUUACCUUUGGUUGAGACCAUACGGAAGCAAAUAAUGGAGCGCAUGCAUGAAAGGAGGCUAGUGGGUCAGAAAUGGUCUGGAUACUUAUGCCCGGAAGCGAAGAUGGUGCUGUGUGAUAAUAUUCAGCAUGGUAGCUGCUUGGCGAUUAAACAUUCGACGGAAGAUAUUGUGGAGGUCGAGUCCAAUAAAACUUACCGUGUAGAUUUGAAGAAUCGGACUUGUUCUUGCAGGUCCUGGGACAUCACCCGCAUUCCUUGCAAACAUGCGUGCGCUGUAAUUAUAUGGAUGGGAUGA